AUGGAAAAGAGUUGUACGAUUGGUGAACAACGAAUUUGCAGCCUCGAACUCGUGCAGCUGCCCGCUCGCCAGCAUGCCUGCUGCAAAGGAGGCGAGCCGUCACACAAAAGCAAGAUGGAGGAUCUCACAGUCGAAGUAUGCGGCGAAAACGGAGCAUAUUAUAAGUUGGCAACCGGAAUCAAAGUUUCCAUUUGCUCAAGUACGUCUACCUCCAACAGAUGGUCAGAAACCUGAAUUUUCUGAAAACAUGGAAAUUGAGGUAUUUUCUAGGUCCAAUGAGCACGAAGCCUGUGGAUGGUGGAAAGCUAUCAUUAAGAUGAGUAAAGGAGGUUUUCAAGUAGUUGAAUAUUCGGGAUGGGAAUGCUCUUAUACUGAAAUUGUAGCUAGUGAACGACUGAGGGCAAAAAAUCCUAAUCCCCCCAUCGAUAAAAAUACAUUUCACAAGAUCGAAAUAGAAGUACCUGAAGAUCUAAGAGAAUUUGCCAAAAUGGAAAAUGCACACAAGGAAUUUCAAAAAGCGAUAGGGGCGGCAGUGUGCCGAUAUGUGCCUGAACGGGGAGUAUUGCUGGCCAUCUCCCGUCAUGAAAAUUUACAUCGUCACAGUAGCAUGCUCCAAGAAAUGCACUUCAGAAACUUAUCGCAAAAAAUACACAGAUGAAUUCAAUGUUCGAGAAGACUUGAUGGGAUUAGCUAUUGGUGCACAUGGUGCAAAUAUCCAACAGGCAAGAAAGGUCGACGGAAUUACAAAUAUAGAAUUAGAAGAAAAUUCAUGCACAUUUAAAAUAUAUGGAGAGACACAUGAAGCUGUUAAAAAAGCUCGUUCUUUGCUUGAAUAUAGUGAAGAAUCUAUACAAGUACCACGUGUUUUGGUAGGCAAAGUAAUUGGAAAAAAUGGUCGUAUAAUACAAGAAAUUGUCGACAAAAGUGGUGUGGUACGAGUUAAAAUAGAAGGAGACAACGAACCUCAACCAACGAUUCCGAGAGAAGAGGGUCAGGUGCCCUUUGUGUUUGUUGGUACUGUUGAAAGUAUUGCUAAUGCCAAAAUGUUAUUGGAAUAUCAUUUGGCACAUUUGAAGGAAGUAGAACAGUUGCGUCAAGAAAAAUUAGAAAUUGACCAACAAUUAAGAAAUAUGCAUGGAUCGACAACAGGACCAAUGCCCAACUUUCCCCCCACAAGACGGGGCAUGAUCACAGGCCCAGAAGAAGCGGGUGGAGCACGUGGAGGUCGUGGCGGUCAAUCGCGUGGACGUGGUGGCAGGGGUAGGGCUCCCACCAGACACAAUGCCGGAUUACGUCGAGAUACAUUAGAUGGUAGUGAAGAUCGAGUAAGGGAUCUGCCUCCAAGAGGUGGUCAUCAAGGAGGUGCAGGCAAUUCAGGGUACAUGGGUGGUAGACAAGGUCGUCCUCCAACUCAACGUAGAGAUCGUAGAGAUGAACGUCGUCGAACAACCGAUGAUGAAGAUACUGUUCUCGAUAGUCAAGACGUUUCAAGCAUUGACAGAGAAUCUGUAUCAAGUGUGGAGGGAGGACCUAAAGGCAUGAGGCGAAGACGACUUCGACGUUCUCGACAACGUAGUUCUACACCAACAAAUAACCAAAAAGGCAGCAAUGCUGGCCCAGGAGAUCAAUCAACUGUAACUAGUAAAGAAGGAACACCAGCAAAUGACGUUUCUACUACUAACAACAGUUCCCAAGGGCCUAAAGGCCAAAGAGAAUUACGAUCUCGUCAUCCUCGUAUGCAACAGAGCAAUAAGCCUAAGGAAGCUCUGGUUAAUGGUACCAGUGGCUAA